AAUAUAUUUUUCGGGUCAACUCAAAUGCCUUAUUGGUAGUGUCUUAUAAUUAAUUGGCAAAAUGCCGUCUCAAUCAACCAGAUUAUCCUAUUUAGCGGCCACACCGGGAACGGGAUUCAGUCGGGAAAAUAUAUGGCUCAACCGUGAUUAUGGCACUGAAAAGGUAUGGGUCCUCAAUCCCAUGCAUAUCGUGUCGUUGAGCUCAGAGACAAAGUCCAAGUUUGUCAAAAUUAUCGAAAGUUUUAAACAGUUUAGUGAAAAAUGGUUUUCACACGUCUUAUUACUCAUAUUUCUUAUACUUUACGGCUUUAUCGGUGCCUAUGUUUUUGUGACACUCGAGGGUCCCAAUGAAAUCAGUAUUAAAACAUCGGUCAGUAAUAUGAGAGAAAAUAUCAUACGUGAGCUUUGGUGGAGUUCCCAAAAGUUUACUAAAGGCUGGUGGGAUAAGUUGGCUAAGAUUAGGAUGAAGGAGUUUGAAAGACAACUACAUGAGGCCUGUAUUGCUGAACAAACUACCGAUUCUGAGAAAAGUGACUGGACCUUCUGGCACGCGCUCUUCUUCAGCUCGACUAUCUUCACCACUAUUGGCUAUGGACAUGUGGUCCCCAAAACAGAUGCGGGAAGAGUGGCCACAAUUAUCUAUGCAUUUAUUGGUAUUCCCUUAUUAUUGAUGGUAUUAACAGAUUUGGGAAAACUGUUUACCAGAGGAAUCAAAGUAGUGUUUAAAUACUGCCGAAUGAUAUACUAUGCAAAACACUUGCGAAAAGUGAGAUCAGUCGGAAAGAAAGCCACUCAAAGACUUCCCACUCAAUAUAUGAGCGUUGCCUUAGAAAAGAUGACACAACUUCCUCAUUCUCUGACCAACGAAAAGGAUAAGGACAGUGAUGGCGGACACUUGAAACCAGAGGAUAGAAGACAAAGUAAAAGUCGCUCAAGAAGUCAAUCGCCACCCAAACAGAGUCGACCGGUCUCUGUGAACGAGUCAGUGCCGAGUGUGUCGACCGCAGCCGUCGGCGAUGAGACUGCAAGUACUCUAAUGGAAGAUCCGAAAGAGUAUGAAGUGGACGAUGAGUUUAAUUUACCGAUUAGUGUGGCCGUCAUUUUGUUGCUCCUAUAUAUGAUGAUCGGCGCCGCUGUGUUUACCAUAUGGGAGGACUGGUCUUUUUUCGAGUCAUUUUAUUUUGUAUACAUAUCUCUAUCAACCAUUGGUUUUGGCGAUUAUGUGCCAAAACAUCCCAUAUUUAUGAUGUGCACAUUUAUCUACCUGUUGUUUGGUUUGGCACUGACCUCAAUGUGCAUUAAUGUGGUUCAGGAGAAGCUGAGCGCUACCUUUCAAAAGGCAAAAUUAAGAAUCGGCGCUACAAUGGGUUUAGAUGUACAACAACUCAUGGCUGAGGACUUGGCGAUGGAGUCUAAAGAGGAGAGUAUAGAAAAAGACGUCAAAGUCGUCGAUCAGAAAGAAGAUGACAAUAAUUUUAAGCUUAAAAAUACUGAAAUCGGAAAAACACUUAAAGAAAGACGAGAAAAAAAGAGAGACAGAUCUCGUUCACCAAAACCAGAGGGCAAGAGUGGUAACGAUAAUGAAGAUCGACUGUCGAAGGGAUCUGAGCGCAGAAGUGUUGGAUUCAUUGACGAUUAGAUAUGACUAUUGGGUGCAACUUAUGCUUAGGUUUAAUAAU